AUGAUCAACAACGUCUGGGACAAGUCUGCGCGGGCGCACCGCGGUAGCGGCGGUCACCAGGAGGAAGAGCUCCUCCCCCGGACAGAACACAAUGGUCGCGGCAGCCAGCAUGAGAACUACGAUGAGAAGUCAAAAGGCCAGAACUCGGACCCGAGGAGGAACAGCAGGGACAAGAUCAGGGCCCUCGACGGCCUCCGCGGCAUCGCGUGCCUCAUCGUCUUCAACUACCACUUCUUCUGGCCCUGGACCCCCUUCAUCAUGCUCGGCAGCGGCGCCAACCCGCCCGGCGCACCAGAGCCCUACGUGGGAUGGCACCAGCUGCCCAUCAUCUGCCUCCUGCACCGCGGCCGUCCCAUGGUCGCCAUCUUCUUCGCGAUUUCCGGCUUCGUCCUCUGCAGGCACAUCCUGAGGGCCAUCCACGAGCGCCGCGUCGAGGCCGCCUACAAGAGCCUCGCGUCAUCCGUCCUGAGGCGCGUCUUCCGCCUCUACAUCCCGCCCACCAUCAGCAUGUUCUUGGUCGCGGUGUUGGCUCAGCUGGGCGCUUUCAAGUCCGAGACCGCCAUCUUCAAGGGGCCCGACUCGGCUUACAUCAACGGCACCGUCACCUUCGCGUAUCCCCAGCUCGGCGAUUCCUGCGUGAACGGGACCGUGGCCGCCGCGGGUGCCAGAGGCGUCGCGAAGCAGCUGCAACUGCAGACCCCUCUCACCCUGGGCAACCUGACCAACCUGACGGCGUCAACGGACCAGCUCUGCUUGAACCGCACGUCACACCUCUUCAUGCCCGCCGUGCUCUACAACUUCGUCGACAGCCUCGAGGCCCAGGCGAAGCACGAGAACAAGUCGGCCAACGCAACCCACGUGGUCGUGGAACCCACCAAACCAACCUCCAAAACACGCCCCCGCGAAGACAAGACCGGGAGCAGCACCGCAGGCCACCUGGAGAAGAUCUGGGGCAAGCACAAAUCGUCACACGAGCAGACGCCCAAAGAAGCCGAGGCAGCGGCCGCCGCCGCCAGAGCCGCCAACUUCACAAACACCCACAACAUCACCUGGGUCCAGAUGGGCGGCUCCUGGGAGGAGCACCCCAUCAUCCACGACAACAUGACCUACGCCAUCAAGAACUUCACCCGCGUCUACGCCGAGUGGGCCAACCCCUUCAACUUCGCCCACUACCACACCCGCUACGACCCCCACACCUUCACCAUCCCCAUGGAGCUCCGCGGCUCCAUGUUCAUCUACCUCUUCCUCCUCGGCACCGCCGCCGUCAAGUCCAGGUGGCGCCUCGCCAUCGGCGCCUUCCUCUCCGCCUACAGUCUGAUUUUUGGCCGCUGGGACAUGGCCGCCUUCGUCGGCGGCACCGUCCUCUCCGAGCUCGACAUCCGCCGCGCCUCCGACCCGGACGAGGACCUGCUCGGGUACCCGCGGAAGACCGCCGCCGGCCAUCACAAGACCGGCCUGGCGCGGUCCGUCCUCUCGUCGACGGCGACCCGCUGGCUCGCCACCUUCGUCGCCCUCUGGCUGCUCUCCUACCCCGACGCCGCCGCCGAGUGGACCCCCGGCUUCGUCCUCCUCUCCUCCCUGGUGCCGCGCUACUACAUCCCGCUGUCCGGCUGGAUGUUCUACCAGUCCAUGGGCGCCAUCCUGCUGCUCCCCUGCGUCCUGCGCAGCCCCGUCCUCGUGAGGCUCUUCGAGGGCCGCCUCGCCCAGUACCUCGGCAGGAUCAGCUUCUCGCUGUACCUCGUCCACGGCCCCGUCCUGCACAGCCUGGGCUUCUGGCUCAUGCCGAGGCUGUUCGAGAACUUUGGCCGCGCCCAGGGCUACGUCAUCGGCUGGGUCGUGCUGAUGAGCGUGACGUUGUAUCUCACCAACUUGUGGAACAAGAAGAUCGACGGCUGGAGCACGACCGUCGGGAGGAGGGUGGAGAGGGCGUUGCUCGACUCGGCUUAG